AUGCACGGUGUAACCGUAGCCUUUGGAUCACGAUAUAGGUCAGGUCGCUAUCAGUCGUACAGUGUAAACGUAGCCAGAGAUCCUCAAACGCCUGACGAAAAACGAAAACUCGUCAAGAAUAAGGACAGCCCGGAUACACCAAAAUCCAAUGAUAGGAAUUGGCAAUCAUAUAGAGGCCAGCAAAUAAAUAACCCUCGCAAAACGAGAUCGGGAUACGUCCAAAUCGCGGAAACGCAAACGAACGGACCUAAAUAUAAAGAUGCGAAAGUGUAUCAAACAAUCUCAAACAGAGAUAAUGCGUCGAAAAUUCGGAAUUCGGAGCCAGCGGGAAAAAAUCCAGUAACGCGUUAUGGAUCGAGCCGAGACGUAAGAAAGAACGCAGCUAUGCUGACAGAAACGGUUAAACCGCCGAUAAAGGCAACGCCGUAUAAAGAAAACGCGCGUGAGAAUAAUCUGCAGCGAGAAAAACAAACCGCACAUCAUAAAAGGCCGCUAAAUGGAAAAACCGAAGACGAGUUAACAGACUGGAAUGAGAUCGUCGAACUCGAUAGUAACAUGAUUAAUAAAACCGCUAAACGCGUACAAAAAUAUAAGACGCGUAAUAAUAAAAGUAAUACGGAAAAGUCAAUUCCGGAAAAAGAACCAAUGACAAAGGCACCGUACUAUAUAGAAACUAUGUCGCGUAGGAUAAGUACCGAGAGCGCGAUAGAACAUAAGAACAAGAAAGAAGACAACACGAAAGAGUCGCAACACGCGAAGAAGGGGCAAGUCACAACAAGCGCGAACAUCGGCAGUCGCAGAGCGAACAUCGAGCCAUGCACACCGCGAGACACCUCUAUCAACAUGACGUUCAACGAAAGUAACCAGUGUAAAACGGUAGCCGAACUAAUUAAUGAAGAAAACAAACUACUGGAUAUAAUCCAAAACAGAGCGAAGAAACGUAAACUAAUAGACGCACGUACAAGAAGAAUCAAUAUAUUAAAACAAUUCAUUCAAGAAAUGAGUCCGGACAAUUCAGGGGACGAAGAACAGUUAAAACAACACGAAGAAGCUGAGAAGAAAAUGAUGGAAACCAUCAACUUUUAUAACAAACAAAAGGAUAAACACAGAGGUGCAGCCUUUACGCAAGUAUUCGCAGACAAGAACCAAGACAACAUAAUAAAAUUAGCAACAACUCUAAGUAUAGAGGACAUUAAACCUCAGAGUAAUAGUUCAAAUGAACAAAUAUAUCGUGUCACGUACGAUAUCACACAAAAUUACACGUACCAAUACGUGCAAACAAUUAAUAAAGAAGAUAUAACAAAUUUAUAUCAUAAUAGCACUCAAGAUGCAUCAUUCUUAAGACCUGUAAAGAACACAACAACAACAACUAUGGAAACAGAAGUUAUCCAACAAGAAUCAUCGAAACGAGAUGAAACAUCAUCAACUAUAUCGGAAAGUCCACAGACACCGAUGCAGGCAAUAACAACACCAAUAAAACAUUUACAAGAAAAUAUUAAUAAACCAUCUACAUCAAGAUACAAAGAAAUAUACACAACAUCAGAAUCAAAUGACAUAAAUAAAGAUGAAAACUACAACCCAACACCUAAAAGGAAUAUCAAGACUACAACAAGAAAAAGAGGUAGGCCACGCAAGGUUAAACAACCAAAUCAAUACACAAAAACGAAAGCUGCACUAAAAGAGACGAUUCCGGAAAGACAAAAACCAACCAUUAUAUCGGACAUCGUACUAACAAAAAAUUUCAACGAACUAACGCCUGACGAAAAACGAAAACUCGUCAAGAAUAAGGACAGCCCGGAUACACCAAAAUCCAAUGAUGUACCGAAGGGGGAGCCAGAACAACGUCACAAUCAAGACAAGAAGAGCCCUCCAGAAAAAUAG